AUGGCUCCAUGGAGUGCUAGGAGCUCUACAUGUGGGAGCAAAUCUGGCGACUCGGGGAAUGAUUCACCAGUCCAAUUGUAUCCACUGUGGGGAUCGAGAAUCAACACUCCAUCUUCUCUUCCACUGCCUUUUGCCCAAUCGGUGUGGAGAUUGGCACCGUUUAAAGAACAAAUAAACUCAACAAGCUUCACAUCUACCAAAAUCGGAAUCGUCGGGGUCAAAACGCUAAUCCCUCUUCCGCCAAUAGGAGUAAAAGUCGGAGCACUAGCCCCGUGGAUUCUCUGGAGCAUUUGGCUGAGCAGGAACAACAAAAUCUUUAAUAACAGAGUCGUUUCUGCGCUAGAUACUUUAAAUCUAGGUGUGGUGAGAGCAAGAGAAUGGAAAGAGGCACAGUUAGAUUUACCUCAAAUUCCAAAGCCAGGGGUAAGAUCCAAAGCAAAACUUCACCCAGAUGCAGUUUUAUGCCAUACCGAUGGAGCUUGGAACAGUAAACAUCGAGCAGGAGGAAUGGGGUGGAUCUUCCAAGACAAAACGAAGCGGCCGAUCAAUCAAGGCUCCAAAGCAAGGGUGCCAACUGUUUGGCGGACUCCUCUGCAAAACUUGCUCUCCGUGCUUUCUUAG